CAUAUAAAAUAUUUUCAUUAUGUCUAAAUAUAAUAUCAUUUUAAAAAAUAAUUUUUAAUUUUUAGAAAUAAUUUAUAAAACAUUUAUUUCAAAGUAAGUUUCUAUUUUAUAUUACAUAGAGUGUCUAAUUAGAAGAAUGUCUAAACACUUUCUUUAUUUAGGACUUCAGGCUUUUUUCGGAAGCAUUCGAAAAUCACUUUGAAGCUGAGACCCGUGUUUUGACACCUUUAAGACGCGUGAAACGACGAAAUUCUAUGAAACACGCGCGUCCUGCUUUGCUUUCCCGCGGAACCUUUUGGAAGAUCCCAUUCGAAGUGGGGAUGCACGUGCCGCGGCUUUUGUUAUCGAGAUUGUUGUAAUGUCGAAGCUUUAGGCGCGUGCAUGAGGAUCGUGCAUCUGCGCACGCGUGACCGUGUUGCUCGCAACCACGAGGGGGGAUAACAUGGCGGUACUCGAUCGCCGUUAGUCGAUGUACAGACGCCGGUAGAUUUGGAUCAUUCUUCUGAAUCAAAUGAAAUAAAUAGUGAUUAUGAUUGAAAAUUCACGAACAUUCUAUAUUGUCAUUAUUUGUACAAAUUAUGAUAUGAUUUAAUAUUCAUUGUUUUAUCUGAACAAUUCGCGAGUGUCGAUUGUAAAAACUCACUGCACGCGUUAAGUGACAUUUAUAAGAGUUUACUCUGACAUCAUUCGAAAACGCGAUUUAAGACUCUGUUGCCAAGUAAGUUCAAUCACUAUAUUGCGAAAGUGAUUUUGUAAUCGGUUGCCGUUUGAACUGUUUCAAUUUUAAAGUGAUUGACAGCAAAAACGAAGAAGGCGGUGAAUCUUGUCAACCAUUUGAAUCUGUUUUGAAACUCUUGGGACUGCAUUAUAAAGAUAUUCUCUAAAUAGAUUUUAUUAUAAAAUGGCUCCGACUAUUUACUUGUCGGAGAUACCUGUUGUAAGAACAUCUACAAUCCCAUGUUCACGACGAAGACAAAGGAUUCAUAAUGGAGCUGUUGCAAAACAACAAAGGCUAGAAAUUAGACGAUUAGAAACGAAUGAGUCUUCACGCGAUAAUGGAUCUUUGACACCACCGGAAAAUUCUCUUUGGGAAUCAGAAAAUUCCAAUGACUCCUGUGAUCCGACAAUCGUUAGUUCUUCCUUUCCAAAUGUUUCUGCUAGAGUUCCAGUGGACACAAAGGAACAUUGGAAAGUGUUUCUAGCGAGACGAAAAGGUCUUCUAGACAUUGUCGUACGUACUAUGGCUCUGAUACGACGAAACAACAUUCUUCAAGAAAGAGUAAACGCCCUGCGCGCAGAGACUCGAGACUUUAUUCAUUCAGUAUUGAACAAUCCCGAAAACAAGUGUAUACAACAGAGAUUGGAUAUUAUUGACUGCAAGGAAACGGAUGUGACCUCGUCGACGGAGAAAACUAUACCAAGACCAUCGCUUCCGCCUACACCAAACUCGAUAAAUUCCUCGUCAAACGACGUCACGUCAACCUGUAGUAACAACGAAAACGACUCUGAACAAUCUGACAUCGAAUCGUAAUGUUUGAGAAUCAUGCGCAAGAAAAAGAGGUAAUUCGUAAACGAAAUCGAAAAGAAUAAAACGAUUUGAGUCAUUUGAUCGUUUUACGUAGAAUAAUGAUGCGAUCGAUUCUUAGUUGAACGAAACAGAAUAAGAAUGCUAUUGGAAAGAAGAUUGAAAUGAUGCAGAUGAAGUUUAAUUGAUAGAUUUCUUAGAAUGUAUUGUCUUCAUCAAUUCGUUACAGGAAUUAUUAAUGAUAUUGAAGAUUUUAAAUAAAAUUUCAUGACUCUAUCUGUAAGAUAGUAAAAUCAAUAAUAUAAUUUUUAAGUUUUUGAUUUAAAAUUUGUUCUUUAAUAUCAUUAAAAUUUCUUACGAUUUAAAUUGAUCAAUAUAAUGUAUUAUCUUUUAUUUAUUUUUUUUAUUAUUAUUUUUAAAAUUUAUCGUAUUAUUUAAAUAGUUUGUAAAAAUUUCGUUUUAUGAAUUAUUUCUAUAUAAUAUUUUAAUCGUAAAAAAUAAUCCAAAUAAUAAAAAAAUGACAAAAAAGAAACCAUUUUCUUAUUAGAAAAUAUAAAUAAAAUAUAAAUAUAGAUAGUAACUCAAAAAUAACAUAAUUUUAAUGUGGAGCAAUCAUAUUUCAUAUAAUAUAAAUUUUUAAUAAUAAAUACCCAAAUAAAAUGAUUAUUUUUAAUUUUAUAAAUAAAAUAAGUAUUUAAAGAUAAAUUCAAUUAUAAUCUUCAUUAAUUUUUAAUAAUGCACAUUUAUCAAAAAUUUUACCGAAGAAUAAAGACUACUUAUAUUACAAAUUAAAAUUUAGAAAUUAAUAAAACUCUUCAGUCUAUAAAUCAUUUGUAAUCAAGAAAAGAUUGUGUGGAAUUGCACUAUAAUGUAUAAUAUAAAGAACUUGAAAUUAUUCUAUUUGACAAAGAUUAUCGAAUUCUCCAAAAGUAUAUCAUCUAAUCUUUACAUAAUAGUUGUAAAAAAACUUGCAUUAUCAAUGAAAAACUUUCUAUAUAGUUUCUUUUAAAAACUAAAAGAUGUUUUAAUUAUUAAAUACAAAAUGGAUCACAUAAAUGCAAUAUUUUUAAUAAUGGUAGAAAGAAAAUAUUCACUAUAUUUUUAGUAAAAGAAGUUUGCAUGUCAAUGAAGUAGCUAUUCAGAAAAAUUAUAAAGUAAGUAUAACGUUAGAAGAUCAACAGUAUAAAAUAAUUUGUAGUCAUAUAACAUAGAAUUAUUUAAAAUACAAUUAUUUAAAAUAUUUAAAUACUUAUUAACAUUGCUAUAAGACUUUCAGAAAUAAAAUUGCAGGAUUGCUUCACACUCGAGUUUAGUAUCCGAAUUUUAGAAGCAAAGCUUAUCUCUAAAAAGAAAAAAAAUUGCCUGCAAAUUUGUGGCUGUGAAAUUUGUAUUUGACUUGUAACUCUGCCUCUUUCUCUCGUUUUGCGAUAUAAGAAUUUUGUGAUUAAUUGAAUUAGUUUUAAACAAAAUGGUGGUAUUGUCUUAAGAUGAUCGAAUGAUUUUUGAUUAAUGAAUAUACUUCUAUCAAAUCUAUCAGCAUCGCGUAGAAUUAAACGAUAAAAACUUUUCAUUCUAAAUAAUAUAGAUUUUUUAAAAUAUUUCAUAUUCGACAUAAUCUUAAUACUUUAUCAAGAGAAUAAAGUAUUUUCGGACUAAAUAUAUCAUAAAAUAAACGUCCAUUUUUAUCUUAUUUCAGUUAAUAUUAUAUAAAUACAUAAUGUUCAAGAGAUAGAAACUUAUUAUAAUAAAUAUCAUUUUAUAAAAAUUAAUAAUAUAAUCAAAGAAACAUAAAUAAUAAAAUUCAAGAAAAAUUUUCUUAACUCAUAUUCUGUUUACAUUAAUAAAACAAUAAGCACAAUCUAAAGACAAAUAUAUAUUAAUCUGCAUGUUAUAUAUUUUUACAUAAUCUCUUUCUAAAUAUAAAAAGGAUUAUAAAAACAACAAGAAAUAAAAAUUUAGUAUUACUUUUUUAAAAGAGGUUCUGCAAAUAUAGUUUUCAAUUAGUGAACCUCCUUAUUUAUCAAUCGUGAGUGAUAUAUAUAUAUAUAUUUCAUAAGAAGAACCAAAUUUAAAAGCAAUGCUAAUUCUGUUAAUGUGAAGAAAAAAUUGUGAUCGUGUAUUCAUAUUUCAAAAAUAUAGUUUACAAAAUUUCAUACUGAAUUAUAUAUAUAAUGAUCAUUAUUAUAAAUUCUUUCAAUUCAAAAUUAUUUUUUUAACAUUUACAUAUUAUCAUAAAUAUUUCAUUAUAGAUAUGUUUUAAGUUCCCCGUUUCCACUAAAAUCUAUUAAUUAGUAUUACUAAAGUAAUGACAGAAUUAAAUAUCUUAUUCGCGAGAUAUAUUGCAACAAUCGCAAAUUAUUAUUAUCUUUGCGCUAAUGAUUAUAAAAUUUUAGAUUAUCAGAAUAUAUUUCAAAAAAAAUUCUAUUUAAUUAUUUAUAAACAAUGUGUAUGUAUGUUCAAAAAUAUUAAAAAAAUAACUAAAAAUAAUUAUAAAAAAAAUUUUAUUCAUCACAAUAAUUUUUUUUAAUAUUUUUAAAAUAUAAAAAUACAUUGUUGCAAUCUUCCAAAUUUUUGUUAUGCUUUUAUCGCUUUAAAAAAUUCUUUAAUUUAAAAAAAUAUAUAUAUUUAUUUUUAGGAUAAAGUAGAAAUAAAAAAACACAUAUAUUAAUAAUAGAAUGAAUUCCAGAAAUGACUGUAUCAAAAGUUCUUAAUUUAGCUUCUUUUUUCUCUUAGUAGGAUGUAUAAUUUUAUUACUUUUAUUAUUAUUUAAACAAUCAAACACGUUUGCCAAGAAUUAAACGUAACAAUUUAUCGAUUUGAAAUAUCGACAAAAAAAUGAUUUUUAAUGAAUCUCAAAAUGAAAUAGACUUAGAUAUUUGAUUCGAUUUUGAUUAAUACUUACAAUGAAUAACAGAAAUGGGAUUUAUAAUUGUUAAAAAAAUAUUUUUCACAAUCCUGUAAAGAAAUUGGUUUCAGUUUAUAAAGAGCAAUUCGAACAAAUACAAACAAAUGCGUAUUAUUAUAUUUUUUUCGUUGUUUAAUAUAUGAUAUAUAUAUUAUAUAUAUUAAUCCUUUCAUUCCUAAAUUAUUUGUAUUUAAUUUCUAUUUCUAAUAAACAUUAUUAUUUAAUGUAAAUAAAUAAAUGUUUCAUAUGAAAUAUUAAAUAUUUUAAAUAAAAAUUAGAUAUUCGCUCCUGCUGAUUUCGUUUUUUAAUAAUAUUAAAUAUGAUCAUAUGGGAAGCUCAUAUGGGAUCAUAAAACUCAUAUGGGAAAGAAAGGAUUAUAUAAUAUUUUAUAUAUAUAUUAUAUAUAAAUUUAUAUGAAAUUAGUAAAAAUUAUAUGGAAUUAAUUUGAAAAUUAUAAAUAAUAUAGUACUAAUAUUAAAAGUCGAAUAUAAAUGAUUGAAUUUUGAAUUAUUUAUUUAUUUUAUAAAAUGCACGUUUCUUUAAAAUUUAUAAUAUUGAAAAAAAUAUAAAAAAAAUUUCAACAAUAAGAAUUCAUAAAUUUUAUAGAAAAAUAAUAAAUAUAUUUUGAUUUCAAUUUUCUAACUUAUUGUUUUAAAAUUUAAAUUUAAAUAAUCGACAAAAAUUACUGUAUUUAUAUAAAAUUUGUAUUCAUUUGAAUGUUUAAAUACUUAAACAUUUUAACUUUAUUCUAAUAUUCAAAUUACUCAAUAUUUCAAUUAUUUUUGCAGUAAAAAAAAGAAUAAUCUAGUUCUGUUUAUUUAAACUGAUUAUAUUUAGAUAAAUCGGUUAAUUAUAAAAUUUGUGCCUAAAAAGUAUAGGAAUCAUACACUUUCCCGAUUGCUAGAGCAAUAUACAUACAUAGUUGUAAUUUAUUCUACUUAAGUAUUAUUCGAAUUGUUACAAUUAGCAAUCAGCAAUGAAUGAAAUCUCGUGCAGCGUUUUUGCGAAACAUUUGAUAAAAUUGUAUAUCUUUAUAAAAAUAUAUUAUAUCUCGUAAAAUAAUCUAUAUUUUAAAUUAAUGUCAUAAACAAUAGAAUAAUAGUAAAUUGAUAAUUUGCAACAGAGGCAUAGUAUUAAACGUUCGAUCAAACAACAACAAAAAAACUGCUCAACAUAUUAUUAAUAUUUGGAAAUUAUUUGAUUAACGUUUCAUGUUAUGUAAUUACAAACAACAAAUAAAAAAACAACUUCUUAAUUACCAAAUGCAUAUAUUUGCAAGAUAUAAAAAUAAAAUAGAAAUAGAAAUUUUAUUUAUUCGCAUGCCUCUGUUUUAUAUAGCAUAUCAAAUUCUUUUGUUUUAAUGUAGUAAAGUAAUGUAUAGCAUUAAGAAUCAACCAAAUCACAUAUUAAUAAUUAGCGAGAUAUGUAAAAAUAGUGAAUAAUUAAUUAGAUUAUUUAGAUAUUUUUGCUUUUUGUAAUGAUAUAUGUAAAACAUUUAAAAAAAAAAGAAACUAAAAUCUGAUAUUAUUAAUAAAUUAGAUAUACAUUAAAAUGAUCUCAACCUCUAAAAAUUUCUAAUAAAUUAUUUUUUCAAAUAUAUUCCAUAAAAAUUUUGAAUCCUGUGAUUAUGUUCGAUUUUAUAUAUAUAUAUUUUUAAUAAAUAUUAUUUCAUAGAGAAUAAAUUCUUAAGUAUAUUUAUAAUUAUAAUUGAAUAUUAUUAUAAUUAAUACUUAUAGUUGAUCAAAUAAUAUAAAUUUAUAUCAAUGAAAUUAUAAUUAUUUUAUUAUAAAAAAAAAAAAUACAUAAAAUUUAUCGAUAUUACAUAUUUCAUUUUAAAAAUUAAAAAUUAUCUUUUUCAAAGUAUUUGAUAUGAAAAACUAUAAUGCAAUUAAUAUUAUUUAUUUAUUCAUUUAUUUAAAUUGAAUUAAAUACAUUAUAUUUAUUAUCUUUGUAAUAUUAUUUUUGUUUUUCUGUAUAGUGCAAAAAUAAAUAAUGAUUUGAAUAGAGAAAAAUAUUUCAUUAGUUAUUAAUUGCAAAUAUAGAAUUUCUGUUCCAUAUUUACAAUAAUUUCAUAAAAAGUUAUUAACAUGAUAUACAUAUAUUCAGUAAAUACUAUUUAAUAAAACUAUUAUUCAAAUAAAUGUUAAAAAAUUAAUUUAAGAAAUAAAAUUUUUAUAUAUUAUAUAAUACAUUAUAAACUUGUAAAGAACAUUAAAAAAUUGCAGAUUCAAUUUAUAAUUAUAACAAUAUUAUAUGUGCAUUAUUCCAAUAUAAUAUUUACAAAAAUGUUCUAUUGUAUUAUAUAUAUAUUGAAUGUAUUAUAAAUAUUGAUUAAUGUGCUUCUGGUGAUUGUGAUAAAAGAACUAUAAGAACCCAAAAUUGAAGUAAUGCCUGUAAAGAAUUGAAAAAAUAUAAAACUUAAAUUUCAGUUAUAAUAAAUAUACAGUCAAUAAUUAA